UCUCUCUCUAUUCAAUAUAUUUCAAUCUUGUGCUGUGUCUGUGUGGAAAAAGCAAGCAAAGUCUGCACCUGAAUCUCAUCUCCACUAAACCCUUUUUCUGCCCUAUCCUAUUCUCUACCACUUCAUUGCUUCUUGUAAGUUUUUGUUUUUGUCCACUUCAUUUUUCCUUGUUUCUUUGUGUUUUGUCUUAGCACCCUCAUAAAUUCCGCCUUGUCUUUCUCUUAAUCCCCACAAUUUCUGGGUAAUCUCAUGCUUUUUUGGCUUUCUUCAGUUGAAUUUCGGCUAAAGCUGAGAUUUUUAUUUGCUGCUUAGGGUACCCGUGAAUUGGGGUAUUUGUAGUGUUGGUGCGAGUUACGCCCUUUUGGGGUUCCCAAGUUAAAAUCCUUGAUGAAUCUUAGUUGGUGGUAAAGUUAUUGGUUUGUGAUGAAGAGAACAGGUCCCAAUAUCUUUUAUGACUAACAUGCUUUUAUAAAGUUGGAUAUUUUAAGAAGUGGAAUUUUCCUUUUGUUGUAUCCUAUAUAAGCUUUUAGAUCAUUGUGGAGGAGGAAUUGGUGCUUCUUCUCUUUAUUGUGGAUUGGGAUUUGGGGGAUUCCUUUUAUUUGUCACAAAAAUCGGUUAGGGAAUCAGUUCAAGCCACUUUGGAAUAGAUUCUUACCCCCCGGAUUGAAAAUUGGGUGUUACUAUUUGGUGUGAUAUUUUUCCAAUCCAUUUGAGAACAUAGAACAUGAAUUAGAAAUUGCAUAUUAGCGAAGGCAAUAGUUUUAGUGUUUCUGAAGGGUUUUAGGUGUCUAUUUUAGAUUCAAAGAUGCAACGUGUUAGAUUUUCAUCUCAACAGGCACCAGUACACAAGCUAGGAGAUCCUCAAAUGACAUUAUCUCCUAAGUUUAGGUUAGCUGUGAUCCAAUCUUCUUUGGCAAAUCCAUCACCAGAAUUGGAGCUUUCUUUGAGAGAAGAACCCUUAAUACCAGGCCUACCUGAUGAUGUUGCUCUCAAUUGUCUUCUUCGUCUUCCAGUUCAGAGUCAUUCAUCUUGUAGAGCUGUCUGCAAGAGGUGGCAUAUGCUACUUGGUAAUAAAGAGAGGUUUUUUACCAACAGGAAGCAAUUGGGUUUGAAGCAUCCUUGGCUUUUUGUAUUUGCCUACCAUAAAUGCACUGGAAAGAUCCAAUGGCAGGUUCUUGACCUUACACACUUUUCUUGGCACACUAUCCCUGCAAUGCCUUGUAAGGACAAGGUUUGUCCUCAUGGUUUUAGGUGUGUUUCAAUUCCACGUGACGGCACGCUGUUUGUUUGUGGUGGUAUGGUUUCUGAUGUGGAUUGUCCUCUCGAUUUGGUGUUGAAAUAUGAGAUGCAGAAAAAUAGAUGGACUGUGAUGAAUAGGAUGAUUACUGCUAGGUCUUUUUUUGCCAGUGGAGUGAUUGAUGGGAUGAUUUAUGUAGCUGGAGGAAAUAGUACUGAUCUUUAUGAGCUAGAUUCUGCUGAGGUGUUGGAUCCUUUCAAUGGGAGUUGGCGCCCUAUUGCCAGCAUGGGAACAAAUAUGGCAUCUUAUGAUGCUGCAGUUCUCAAUGGGAAACUUCUGGUGACAGAAGGUUGGUUAUGGCCCUUUUAUGUCUCUCCUAGAGGUCAGGUAUAUGAUCCAAGAACUAAUAACUGGGAAAAUAUGGCUGUUGGACUUAGAGAAGGGUGGACUGGGUCAAGUGUUGUUGUUUACGGGCACUUGUUUGUUGUUUCUGAGCUUGAAAGAAUGAAACUAAAGGUUUAUGACCCCAAAACUGAUUCCUGGGAAACCAUUGAAGGCCCCCCUUUGCCUGAGCAAAUAUGCAAGCCUUUUGCUGUGAAUGCUUGUGAUUGUCAUAUUUAUGUUGUGGGUAGAAAUCUUCUGGUUGCUGUUGGUCAUAUCUCUAGACUGAACCCAAAACAAAGUUGUAGGGAAAAAUGGAACUUCAGUGUGCGAUGGCGUGUAAUUAUUGCACCGGAAAGUUUAUCCGAUCUGACUCCCUCAAGCUCUCAGUCACUGUCAAGAGAGAUAUUAAGACUCUUGAUUGUGAUUGGGUUUGACGGUCAAAGUUGAUCCAGCUGGUGUGUAGUGAAAGAGGGAGUGAUGCACCUCCACUUGCAGAGUCAGUCAAGGAAAGUUGACAAAAGUGUGAAUAUAGUGAGAUGCACGCAAAAUUAAAUUUCAGGUUGGUGAGGUGUUAUUGUUAAAUGCUACAAAGAACGUUUUUUCAAUGCAUUCAAGAGUAUCUAACAAAAAGGUGAGGUGCUUGCUUCUAAGGAUGGAUAAUAGUGUUUUAGUGUAGUGGCCAAGGUGAAUGCAACAGUGUGCCUUUUUCUUUAAUUGGGGGGAAUGAUUAACAGAAGGGUACCAAAGUUCUCUUAUAUACAUAUUGCAAUUCUUUUUAUGUGAUUAGAACGAUAUGUUCCACGUG